AUGAGAGCUCUUUCGACCGUUCUCCUCGUCGCCGUCGCUUUGUUGACCAACGCCAAGCAGCCGACUGGACGUCACAACACAUUCAUCGAGGGUGAAUUGACCAAGUACAACCUUGAUGACUACAUCAUCUUGGCGCCUGUUGCGAUUCCUGAUACGGUUGUCAACUACCAGCAGUUGGUUCCAGAUGAUCUUAAACAGCUGUUGAUUGAUCACGUCGAUCAAGCUUCUAAGGCAUUCCAAGGAUUGCCUGAUACUGAAAAGGCUAGACUCGCCGUCAAGCUUCCUACACCAGUCCAUUCAUCUCAAAUCAAGCCCUACUCCAACGGAAACGUCAAGAGAUCGGCUGGAAAGAACGAAAUCGAUUUAGAUGCAACUGCUGCUCUCUACAAACAAGCUCUUGAGUUCCUCGACAAGUAUGAUGUUGAGUUGAGAAUGCAGUAA